AUGGCUCCUAUCAACCCUUCCAGCGGGGCACACCAUCAUCGGUCAACCACAAAAGUCUCCAACAAGGCGUUCAAGACCCGUCACGCUUCGAAGUCGGCUCUGAAAGAUCAAGCGAAGGGCAAGGUGGAGUCGUUCGAGAAGGGCAGCAGAAAGACACUGCAUCAACAGGUCAUGUCGAAAUUCGAUCGUAAAAAUCAUGCAAAACAGAUUCGCAGCAACAAGCUUGCAGAGCGGGCCAAGCAAGAGAGUGUCUUCACCGGUCGAGAUGGAGCGCCUCGUAUAGUGGCUGUCAUACCUUUGUGCGAGGACGUCAGAUCUGGCGAUGUGAUCAGAGAGCUGAACUCGAGCGUCGAAGUCGAGGCCGAAUCUCCUGGUACAGCCGCUCCGUCGUGGAGAGUCGAGAUUCCCCGUUUCAAGCAGAAAGUUCAAUAUCUGACACCUCAGCGAGAUUUGCUGGAAUGUCUGGAUGCAUGCAGAGUUUCCGACUUUGUAUUGUUCCUGCUGAGUGCCACAGAAGAAGUCGACGAGCUAGGCGAGCAGACUUUACGAUGCGUCGAGUCGCAGGGUGUGUCGACUGUCCUCACCGCGGUGCAUAACCUCAGUGUGGUUGAGCCGGCGAAGAAGAGGCCGGAUGUCGUCAAGAGUCUCAAAAGCUUCAUCAACCACUUCUUUGCCACCCAGGAGAAACUGCACGAUAUAAGCAGCCGACAAGACUGUUCCAACGUCAUGCGAAGCCUGUGUACUACAAUGCCGAAAGGCGUGCGUUGGAGAGAGGACAGAAGCUGGAUGCUAGUAGACGAAGUCAGGUGGGAGGACGGCGCAGCACAAGUAACGGGUGUGGUCAGAGGUAAAGGCCUGAAGGCCGACCGCCUGGUUCAAGUGGGCGAGUGGGGUGACUUCCAGAUCGAAAGUACCACUGCUGCACCGCUGGAAAGCAAGAAGCGAGGCCAGAAAGCGGAUGCUAUGGUCGUAGACCUACCGCAGUUCGGCGAUGUCCUCGAGGCGCCGACUGAGCAGCAGGAUGACCUAGCCGAGCUUGCGCCAGAGGAGAUGAUGGAAGACCUACCCGCCGCUUCUUUGGCACCCUCAGAACGGAAGGCUGUUAUGCUCGACGACCACGAGUACUUCGAUGACGAUGACCGCGGUCAGUUCGAAGCUCCGAAGCGACUUCCUCGCGGGACCAGCAAGUAUCAAGCAGCAUGGUACCUGGGAGAUGUGUCAGACUCUGGGUCCGACCUAGAGGACAUAGAUGCAGACGAUGAGGAACUUCCCAAUGGCUCGAUUGCUGCAGGCUCAGCAGAGGGUCGCUUUGAUGCAACGAUGGCGGAGCCUACAGAAGGAGCACCGUCGGAGUAUCCCCAGACUGAAGCAUUUGAUGAUCCUGACAUCGAGGACGAGGCUGAGCAGCUAGCUGCCUACAGGCGACAGCGACAAGAAGACGCCAACGAUGAUCUGGAGUUCCCCGAUGAGAUUGAGCUCCAUCCUCACGCGCAGGCGCGAGAGCGCUUGGCGAGGUACAGAGGCCUUAAAAGCCUGCGAGCAAGCACUUGGGACACGGAAGAAGACAAGCCUUACGAACCUGAAGAUUGGAGUAGAUUGCUCGAAAUCGCGGACUACAAGUCGGCGAAGAAUCGUGUGCUCAAGGAAGCUUUGUACGGUGGUGUGAAGCCAGGCACGAGAGUAACCGUCCACCUACGCGUUCGCUCCGACCAAGCAGCCGCUCUCAAAGCUUUGCCGGUCCCGAAAGCGCUGUUCUCGCUGCUGAAGCAUGAGCACAAACAGACGGCAGUGAACAUGUCGAUGUCGUUAUCUUCUGAGUACGAGAGGCCGCUAAAGUCAAAGGAAGAGCUGAUCCUGCAAUGCGGGCCACGGAGGCUGGUGAUCAACCCAUUGUUCAGUCAAGCGGGCAACACGCCCAACAACGUGCACAAGUUCGACCGAUUCCUCCAUCCCGGACGCACAGCAGUAGCGAGCUUCAUCGGUCCGGUCGUUUGGGGCAGCGUGCCUUGCUUGUACUUCAAGCGACCCGACCCAGCACAGCCGCAAGAUGCCGUCGAGGACCUCGCACAGGAUCUCGCUGCUCAAGACGGUGCUUCGAAACCAGGUGAGCUGCAGCUCAUCGCCACCGGCACUUCUCUCCCACCAUCCACGCAACGUGUGAUCGCCAAGCGCAUCAUCCUCACUGGUCACCCUUUCAAGAUUCAUCGCAAGCUCGUCACAGUACGAUACAUGUUCUUCAACACCGAGGACGUGCAGUACUUCCGUGCUCUGCAGCUGUGGACGAAGAGAGGCAGGAGUGGCUUCAUCAAAGAGCCACUUGGCACGCAUGGGUAUUUCAAGGCUACUUUCGAUGGUACGAUCAACCCUAUGGACGCUGUGGCUGUGAGUCUGUAUAAGAGAGUGUGGCCGAGAAGUGCUAGGCCGUGGAAGCCGGAGCUUGAGCAGAGGAUAGACGAGGUUGGUGAAGACGCAGUGGCGAUGGUCGAGUAG